AUGCUUGUGUUGCUUCUUAUAAUUUGCUUGAAACAUGCUGUAAGUUUCUUGACUUUUAAAACUCAGGAUUGGUUGGAAAUCAGAGCUAUUUUUGAAAUUCUGACCGUCAGGAAAAAAGUCCGCCCUGGUGCUCACUUUUGAAUCUAAACAAAAAAAAAUCAUUUUGUUGUUAUCAAGUUACUAGAAAUUCAAAAUUCAUGAGUUUCAGAGACAAUUUUAGAAAUUUUCUGAAAAGUUGUGAUUUCUAAACUCGCAAAAUUUUUUUAUCUAGAAGCUGUUGCCGAUAGGAAAUGGCGUACCCUUUUUACCCACGUGUUAAAAUUCAGACAUCGACCAACACAAUGGUUAUGUUCAGAGGUACUCUAGAAGCGAUUAAUAAUUUAAGUUCCUCUGAUAUUGAUUAUGAUUCUUGUGUUACAUUAUGUCUCGAUAAUACUGAUUGUGUUGCCUUUACUUACAACAAUAUUUGCACAAUUUAUUCAAUUGAUCAAUUUGAUAAUUUUACAAAAAACGAAAUUUUAGACGAAAGAAUUGGAAUCAAGGUUUUUCUUUUUUUUGGAUAGUUCAUCUAAGUUUCUAUAAAAUUUCAGAUAAAUUUGAAUAAAGAUUUUUGUCCAGUAUUCAAUGAUCUCGAAUUAUCUGGUAAUAUUGGUUCAAAUGAACUAUCAAUUUGAUGAAAUAUCGGAUGACUUUUAUAAUGUAAAUGUAACAAGUUGUUAUGGGUGGAAAGUAUUCAGAAGAACACGUGGAUAUUAUUGUAUAAAUCUGUUUGAAUCAACAAAUUUGGUACUAUUUGACUUGAACUAUUGUUCAAAGUAUUCUUGUUUUCUUGCGGGUUUUGAUAAUCAAAAUGAAAUCAAUUAUAUUGCUGAAGAAAUUAGAAAACGAUCACCUGGUCGAAAAUUUUUUGGAAUUGAUGGCCAAAGAAAAUCAGAUUGUUAUGAUGGAUUAACAGUUAUUUGCAAUGAUUUUGAAUGGACAAACAACUACACACAAUCACCUCCUUUAAUCAAUUGGAGUACAAAUGAACCUUCUGUCAGAAAUUCUGAUAAUAUAACUGAAACACAUUUAUCAGUGUAUUGUGAAUGGAGUUCUGUAAAUAUUAUGAAUGAUAUAGCGUAAGUUUGGAAAUUUUGAAAAAUUUCGAAAUUUUUUUCAGACCAAACACAGUUUUGAAUGGCCAUAUUUGUGGAAUGCCAGUUGGAGAUUGGAAUUUUGAUAACUAA